AUGUCGAGCGUCGGCGAGAAGAGCUUGUCCGAGGUUUCUGGCGUGAAAGGCGUCGUAGCAGAGACAGAGGACGUGUUCGGACCUGAAGAUGACCACGACAUACAGUACAAGACACUCAGCUGGCAGUAUGUCGCCUUCUUCAUGAUUGCUGAGAUCGUGAGCAAUGGCAUGCUCACGUUGCCGAAUGCAAUGGCCGCCGUUGGGAUUGUGCCGUCUCUCAUAUUGACGAUCUUCUUGGGCAUGUUCGGACUAUUCACCGCGAAGCUCUUGAUCGACUUCAAGCUCAACCAUCCUGAUGUGCACAACAUGGGGGAUGCGGGCUACCUUAUCUUUGGUCCCAUAGGGCGAGAAAUCUUGUCAAUAGGCACUAUCAUAUUCGCAAUAUUCGGCGUGGGGUCUGAAAUUCUGUCAGGUCAACUGGCGCUCACCACGCUAUCUAACAACGGCAUGUGUGCCGUUGAUCUCCUCCUGAUUUUCUCAGCGGCGACUUUUAUUAUCUCACUACCUCGGACCCUCGGAAAUAUGAGUUGGCUGGGCUUCGUUAGCACCAUAGCAAUUACCCUUUGCGGGUUUCUUGCAAUGGUUGGUGCUGGCGUAAACCCUACGCCCGGCCGUACAUUGUCUGCCACAGUCCCUACUACUUUCUACGACGCGUUCUUGGCUGUCACUGGACCUGUCUUCGCAUACGCAGGUCAUUUUAUGUUCUUCAUCUUGAUCUCGGAGAUGCGCCAGCCCAGAGAUGCAAUGAAGGCGGCGUGGACACUACAAGUAUUCUCGACAGCUUUUUAUGCAGUUUUCAGCAUCGUGGUCUACGUCUACCUUGGCAACGAAGUGCAAUCCCCGGCGCUCCUAUCGCUCUCUCCUGUAUGGGCGAAGAUCACCUUCGCCAUUGGCAUGGUGAACUUUCUGCUCUCGGGUGCCCUGUACUCCCACACAGCAGCCAAGCUCAUCUUCGUCCGCCUCUUCCGGCACUCCCGCCACCUCUACACCCAUACGAUCCUCGGGUGGUCCGUCUGGACUUUCCUCUGCUUCGGCGCGACCGCGCUCGCCUUCGUCUUCGCUGCCGCUGUCCCCGUCUUCUCCGACUUGACAGGCAUCACUGCGUCGCUCUUCGCUUCCUGGUAUACGUACGGCAUAGCUGGAUUCUUCUGGCUCUAUGACGCAUAUUACCUUGGGGGUGGAGGUAUGAAAGCGCUGAAGCGUCGGUGGGGCGGUACCGUCUUGGCGGUGCUGACUGUGUUUUCGGGAGCGUUCAUCUGCGUAGCGGGGACGUAUGUGUCUAUCAAGGUACGUACAUUCCGAUGGGACCUUCAGACGUUACUGAGUUCGCGCACGUAG